AUAUUGGUAACGCUUUACCGCCACACUCCGAUCUCCGCUCCCUAAACCCCAUCUUAUCGGCUCUUGUCGGUGGCAGCCACCACCUCCUCGCUCGAGCACCGAAGGGAAAGUGUUCGACACUUCGGAGGCGGACGAGAAAGAGAAGCUAUUUUUAGGAGGCAGCUAGGGUUUUCGCUGCCGGAGGGGAGGAGAGAAGGGAUGGCGAACAUCGACAUCGAGGGGUUGCUGAGGGAGCUGCCCAACGACGGGCGGGUGCCCAAGACGAAGAUCGUGUGCACGCUGGGACCCGCGUCGCGGUCGGUGCCGAUGCUGGAGAAGCUGCUUCGGGCGGGGAUGAACGUCGCCCGCUUCAAUUUCUCCCAUGGCACCCACGAGUACCACCAGGAGACCCUCGACAAUCUCGGCGUCGCCAUGCACAACACCCAGAUCCUCUGUGCCGUCAUGCUCGACACCAAGGGGCCUGAGAUUCGAACUGGUUUUCUGAUGGAUGGGAAGCCUAUCAAACUGACAGAGGGUCAAGAAAUUACCAUUAACACUGAUUACAACUUAAAGGGUGACGAGAACAUGAUUACUAUGAGCUACAAGAAACUUCCUGUCGAUCUGAAACCUGGAAACACCAUACUGUGUGCUGAUGGUACCAUAACCUUGACUGUCCUGUCAUGUGACCCAGAGGGUGGAACAGUGAGAUGCCGUUGUGAAAAUACUGCAGUUUUAGGUGAGAGAAAGAAUGUCAAUCUCCCGGGUGUCAUUGUGGAUCUCCCCACGUUGACAGAAAAGGAUAUGGAAGACAUUCUGGGGUGGGGUGUGCCAAAUGAAAUUGAUAUGAUUGCCCUCUCUUUCGUCCGCAAAGGAUCUGAUCUUGUUCAUGUACGGAAGGUUCUUGGCCCUCAUGCAAAACGUAUACAGCUGAUGUCGAAGAUCGAGAACCAGGAGGGUGUGAUAAACUUUGACGAAGUCCUCAAGGAAACUGAUUCUUUCAUGGUUGCCCGAGGUGAUCUUGGAAUGGAGAUCCCAGUUGAGAAGAUUUUUCUUGCUCAAAAGAUGAUGAUCUACAAGUGCAACCUUUUGGGCAAACCUGUUGUUACAGCCACCCAGAUGCUCGAAUCCAUGAUCAAGUCUCCUCGCCCAACACGUGCAGAGGCAACCGAUGUGGCCAAUGCUGUUCUCGAUGGAACUGACUGUGUCAUGCUCAGUGGCGAGAGUGCUGCCGGAGCAUACCCUGAGCUUGCAGUGAAGAUUAUGGCUCGAAUUUGUAUCGAAGCAGAGUCAUCCCUUGAUUAUGGUGCCAUCUUCAAGGAGAUGAUAAGGACCACUCCUCUGCCAAUGAGCCCAUUGGAGAGCCUUGCAUCCUCAGCUGUUCGCAUAGCAAACAAGGCGAAUGCAGUGCUCAUAGUGGUCUUGACACGUGGUGGAACCACUGCUAAGCUGGUUGCCAAAUACCGGCCAGCAGUCCCGAUCCUCUCUGUGGUUGUUCCGGUGCUGACAACUGAUUCAUUUGAUUGGACAAUCAGUGAUGAGAGACCUGCAAGGCACAAUCUGGUAUACCGAGGGUUGAUCCCUGUGCUCGCUGAGGGCUCAGCCAAAGCAACGGAUGCUGAGUCGACGGAGGUGAUCCUGGAGGCCGCAAUGAAGUCGGCAGUUCGAAAAGGGCUAUGCAAGCCAGGAGAUGCCGUCGUAGUACUGCACCGCAUUGGCAUCGGAUCUGUCGUAAAGAUCUGUAUGGUGAAGUGAGUUAAUAAGCAUGUAAGUUUACUGCUUUAUCUCGUGGGAUCUACUUCUUGGUAUAAUUAUCUACCGACUGUGUAGUAAGUGUUUGAUCAGUAUAUGAUUAAACUGUCUAGUCGUGACCAUAA